UCUCUUCUCUUGACAUUUGACAAUAUAGUUUUCUUGCACUUCCAUAACAGCUGAGUUAUUAUGACUAUUAAAUCAACUAUUUUUAAAAAUUCUAAUUGUUUACUUUCUUUAUAAAGAGAAUUAUAAUGUCAAAAGCACCAGUUAACAUAGUUCUUUGUAAAAGUUUUUCUAAUAAUAAUGAAACUAUUGAUAAUUACAAAAGUAUAUUUGAAAAAGCCGGAUAUAAUUUUGAAUAUUUGCCUACUAUUUGUUUUAUAUUUAUCAAUCAAUGUGAAUUAGAAAAAUGUCUUUUUAAGACAGAUUCUUAUUCAGGCAUGAUAUUAACAAGUCCUCGUUCUGUGGAGGCGGUUGACUUAAUUUUAACCAAGCAUCCUAAUAUUUUAAGUCAAUGGAGAGAAUUGCCAGUUUAUUGUGUUGGACCGUCAACAGAAAAUUUAGCCAGAAAAUGUCUAAAUUUGCGCAGUUGUUUUGGUUCUCAUUGUGGUAAUUCUGAGAAUCUAGCGAAAUUUAUUUCAACUAAUUUAAAAUGUAAAGAUAAACCUAUACUUUAUCCUUGUAGUGAAAUUUCUCGAGACACCAUUGAAAACCAUUUAAUAGAAAAUGAAUAUAAAAUUAAAAAAAUAAUUUCAUAUAAAACUAUACCUUGCGACACUCUUCAACAAGAUGCGGAGCGAAUAUUUAAACUGACGCCCCAAAUAGUUGUAUUCUUUAGUCCUUCAGUUGUAGAUAAUUUAUUAAUAGCAUUAGGUGCAAAAGCGACAAUUUUCAAAAGAAUUAAAACUAUCGCUAUAGGUUCGAUAACUGGACAAUCUUUAACAAACGCUGGUAUUGUAGUUAAUGCAAUUUCCGAUAAACCAGAUCCAGAGUCAUUAUUAAAAGCAGUUCAGUCAAUAAAACUUAGUUAAUCGAAAUAUUAUAAAAAAAAUUAGGUUUUCAAAUAAUGUGACGAAUUAUUUUCUUUAAACUGGAAUUUAAUUUUUUUUACAUAUCUUUAUAUAAUGUUGAAUCUUAAGAAAAAUGUAAUUUCCUUAUAGUUCUUGUCAUUCUAUGUACAAUUAUGUAUAUAACUUCUUUUCAUGAAAUUGUAAAUAACUUUUCUGCGAAUUCAACUUAUGUAAAUUAGUAAUAAUUAAAUGCAAAUUUUGAAUUUACUAUUUAAAUUUUUUGUGUUGCAAAAAUAUAGGCACACAAACUUUAUUGAAAGUUUAAAAUGUAUUGAAACAUUGUAUUUUGAAUAAUGAAAGUAUCAAAAAAUAGAUAGAAAUUUUCUAAUUUAAUUUUUGAAAAACAAAUCACAAAAA